AUGGGUAUUCCAUUUCCUGAUUUAGAUCCUUAUGAAAUAUUAGAAGUGGAUAAACUGUCAUCUCCAAUAUAUAUCAAAAAAGCAUAUAAAAAGUUAUGUCUUAAAUAUCAUCCUGAUAAACUACAACAACAACAAGAUCAACAAGAAGAUUCUGAAAUAUUUACUAAAAUUCAAUUUGCAUUUUCCAUAUUAAAUGAUCCUAUAAAAAGGCAAAGAUAUGAUACUACAGGUUCAUUAGAUGAAUAUGAUGCAGACUCAAAUUUCAACUGGAAAGAUUAUUUUGAUUCAAUGAAUGAAAAAAUUACUAUUGAAAUGAUUGAAGAAGAUAAAUUAAAAUAUCAAAAUAGUGGAGAAGAAAAGCAAGAUAUUAUAUCAAAUUUUACAUAUUACGAAGGAGACUUUUUGAAGUUAUUUGAAUUAAUACCACAUUUAGAAUUUACUGAAACUGAAGAACAAAGAAUCUACAAAGUUUUAGAAGAUGAAAUACCAAAUUUGAAAUUAGAUAAGUCUAUAUUAAAAUCAUGGGAGAAAUAUACAAAAUCAAGAAAGACAAAAGUUAAACAAAUGUUGAAAAAAUUAGCAAAAGAAGCUAAAGAAGCAGAAGAACUUGAAAAACAAUUAAAGAUCAAAGAUAAAAGUGUUGGUUUAUCUGAUUUAUCAAUGUUAAUUAAAAAACGUCAAUCAAAUAGAUUGGAUGAUUUAAUAAAUUCAUUAGAAUCAAAAUAUAGUCAAAAAAGAGGUAAAAAAAGAACAACAAAGGAAUUAGAUGAUGAUGAAUUUGAAAAGAUUCAAAAUGAGAUCAAGAGAUCAAAGUAA